AUGGAUCAAAUAAUGCUGGAUGUUAAUGACCCUCAUAGGAGGCGUCAGCCCCUGACAGAUGUGUCCAGCCGCAUCAACCACUCCAAAUCACCAAAAUCAGAGACGCCGUGCGUCACAAUAGAGGAGACAGAACAGCUGAAGACACCUGACAGGAUGUCUUUCAUGAUGAAUCCCACGCCACAAACCAAUAAAGAGAACCAACGACUGUCUGUAGCCACUGAUAUCCAGCCUGGCUCGGCCCGAAGCUCAGUGAUGUCUGCAGCCUCUCUGCUGUCGAAUAAAGGGAAGAGAAAGACACAUGUUGGACCAUGGCAUCUUGGAAAAGACCUGGGCAAAGGUGCCACUGGUCGCGUCAGAUUCGCCAAGCACGCUGUCACCGGCAAUACCGCUGCUAUCAAGAUCGUUUCGAAGAAAUCAGCUGCCAUGGUUCAAAGUGAAAGUAUUGCAGCAAUGGAUCGAAACGCGAGUCGAUUCACGGGGAACUCCACCACCCGACAGAUGCCCUGUGGAAUUGAGCGUGAGGUAGUUAUCAUGAAGCUGAUUGAACAUCCUAAUGUGAUCAGCCUAUAUGACGUUUGGGAGAACCGAGGAGAACUAUACCUUGUCCUGGAGUACGUUGAGGGAGGUGAAUUGUUCGACUACGUUUCCAACAACGGACCUCUCCCCGAGGAAGAAGCUGUUCGACUCUUCCGCCAGAUAAUCGCCGCACUUGGGUAUUGCCACCGAUUCAAUAUCUGCCAUCGUGAUUUGAAGCCCGAGAACAUCCUUCUCGAUGGGAACCACAAUAUUAAGCUUGCUGACUUCGGAAUGGCUGCCCUUCAGCCUGCCGGUCACUGGUUGAACACUUCAUGUGGUAGCCCUCACUAUGCAGCACCAGAGAUUAUCUACGGACGAAAGUACCGUGGUGACAGGGCUGACAUGUGGAGCUGUGGUAUCAUUCUCUACGCUCUCUUGACUGGUUAUCUGCCUUUCGAUGGAGGUGACCUUGGAAAUACCUUGCGUCUGGUAAAGAAGGGAGACUACAUCAUUCCUCCGGAGUUGAGUGACGAGGCAGCCGAUCUGAUCCAACGCAUCUUGCAAAAGCGACCGGAGGACCGAAUCUCUAUGCAGAAUAUCUGGUUGCAUCCUCUUUUGACAAAAUAUGAAAAGCUGCACAAUGCCAUGGUCAACCACUAUGUUGGGCCUCCACCCCCCUUGUCCGUCAAGGACUGCGGACCGACAUUGUCCUGUCAACAAGACAUUGACCUGGAUAUCCUGCGAAAUCUCCAGACUCUGUGGCAUGAUGUGAAGCCGGAAGACCUUAUCCAGCGUCUGUUGUGUAUCGAGCCUACCCAUGAAAGGAUGUUCUACAAUGCCUUGGUCAAAUUCAGAGAUGAGCAAUUGGAGAACUACCAAGGACAACCCCUUGAGUACUCAGCGAGUGACUACCAUCACAUCGCUCGCCCUGGGGGCAGAGCUCGCCGAGGCCGUAGCCAGUCUGGUCAAGGAAACUCCAAGCGCCGUGCUCAGCACACUCCCGUCAAGGAAUUCCCUCGGCGAAUGAGCUCUUUCAAAGAACCCAUGUCCUCUGGGACCACGGAGAGCUAUGAUCCAUACCGAUCACCGAAGCAUGCGGUAGCGUCGGAGCCACAGUAUGCUCAAAUCACUAUCCACCGGCCAUCCACUGAGGGCGAAUCCUCGCUGGUGGUUGAGGAAGAGCAACUGGAGGAUGCGGAUGAACCCGAAGGGUCACCAUUCACUAUCCUUCAAAAGCGAAAGCACAAGCCCAGCUCCAUGAAGUCUUUCCACUCUUCCCGAGUACCGCAUUCCAGUUCUCGUAUCCGUGGAUUGACACCACACUCUGCCAGCUACCGCCGAAAUGUCUCUUUCCGCCACGCGCGCAAUCGCUCAAAUAGCUCCGCAACUGCAAAGCCCAAACGCAGAAAGACAGCAGCACCUACUCAGCAGAAUGAGAUUAAGCGGUCACCUAGCACAUGUAGCUUACAAAUCAUGGCAGAUGUUGCCGAUCUAUCUGAUAUGCCGAGCAGCCCACCUCUACCAGCUCAGCCAACUGUGGUUCGAUCGCAUGGUCCACAGGUGAAAAGCCUGCGCCAUGUGCGCAAGCUUCGGGAUUCGGACUACACUUGGAGGGAAGAUACGAGAAAAGUGUCACAUGAGCUCAGUCAAAUCUGCGAGGAGGCAUUCAAUGGCAGCUCCGUUUCAACCAUCCGCACUGCUAGCGCUGGUUCCGGGUAUGAGACCCCAGCGACUCCCGUGUCGAUGGUGACCCCAGAGAACCGUCCAGUAUCUGCUACUAAGCCUGUCUCCAAAACACCCAAAGAUGCACCACGGUCAUACAGUAUCAAGGAGCUCACAGAGACUCGCCGCAGGCUGGUUGAACAAAGCCAGGGAAGAAAGGACAGCACAACUACCCACAUAACCGGCGUACUGAACCAUUUCGAUCGCUUGAUUGAAGAAUACGAAGCUGUGAAUGCUACUCGAAGAGAGCCGGAAGAAGUCUCCUUCCAUGAUCCCUUCGUGUCUGCUCCACACGACGUUUCUCUGCCCGUUAUCAGCGAAGAACUCGCCAGGCCUACUGGCCUGAGCGAUAUUAGCUCUCGACGCAAGCAAAAGCCCCGAACUUCGGCUGCUACGUCCCAGAGUGGCGAUGUCAAGACCACAAUCCGUAUGGUGCCUCACAGUUCCUUCCGCUCCAUGGAAGAAGUCAAACCUUUGACCAUCCGCAAGAAGAAGUCUGACAAGCCUUUGUCAUCGGAUGUUCAUGACUUCGCCAACAGCCCGCCGUCAGCUGCCAAUCGGAAUUUCUCUACUGGCUCGAGACAGGUUCCUCCUGCGUUUGGUUUUGGCGGUUUGGCACCCAUUGAGGAAGUGCCUCUAUCCCCCAGGCGGAACAACACACGCGGGGAAGGCAAGAAAUGGUCAUGGUUCAAGCACCGCUCCCAGGUCUCGGAUACUCCACCGGCUCUGCCACCCAAGGACUCUCACCCGAUCUUUCCCAGCGGAGGCACAACAGUACACAAGCCCAUUACUCUGGAGCCGACCUCCGCUCCUAUCGAGAGCACUCAACGGGUUCCCACCCGCAAGACAUCUAUGGAUCGUUUUACCGGUGGUAUUUUCAAGAAGCUUAUGCCCAAGAAAUCUAUUAAGAACAUGCAAGAAACUUUCAAUGAGCAAGAGACCGAAAAGCCAGCCACAUCUCCUCAGGACAAACGACAAUCUUCCAUAGUUUCCAACGGAAUGCCUGACACCGACAGCUCCUUUGACGCUGGUGACCAUCAGCACCCCUUCCGCAACAAGCGUCGCUCGGUCGCUAAUCACAACUGGUUUGCACGGGUUUUCCAGAUCAAGCCUGCGAGCCGAGUGAUUGCUCUCAACUGCUCGAAGCAGAAAGGCCGCAGAGAGCUAUACAAGCUCCUUCGUGAAUGGCGAGACUAUGGCAUGGAGGAUGUGUGGCUCGACAAGUCCAACAGCGUCGUUCACGGUCGUGUCAGCGAAGCAAACUUCCUGCGUCUACGGGAAGUCGAAUUCACUGCCGAGUUCUAUACCGUUCUCGAACACGGUCUGGAAGGCAAUCUCGGCGUGGCCCGUUUCAAGCAAGAGCGUGGUGCCGCCUCCUCUUUCAACCAGGUCGUCGAAGCUGUGGAGAAUACCCUCAAGCGCCGAGGUAUGACCGUCGAGGAUCCUGUUCGCGCAAAGAAGAUGACCCAAGUCCUGGACUCUAUCCCCAACCAUGAACAAGCACACGAUCGAUCCCGUUAA